GUCUGGCUGCGUUAUAUAUACUGAGGGCUUCCUGCUGCAUCCAUCUACCCCCUUCGAAAAAACUAACAAGCGCCGAGCUGUCACUGCACAUUUAUAGGCUGUUAACAGAGUCAGUGAAGCCGGUGGAGACGGCCUCUCGACGCCGAUCCCUCUCAGGAGAACGAAGGCGGCUCCUCUCACGCUUGAACCACAGCAGAGCAGCAGUUUUAGCUUCCAUCGGACUCAUGACUGUUUGACGGGACACGGCCCCACCGUGGCCCAUGCACUGUACCCGUUUCCCUCCCUGUCCUCCUUAUCCCUCAAGCUGACGCAAAACCCCAGACACCUCCCCCCCCUCCCCCACCCCCACUCCCACCCCGUCCCCAGCGACUCGCCGCCUCCCGCCAUGGCGUCCGGCACAGAGACCGUGCACUACAUCCACCUUCACAACUCCAGCCAGUCGGUCCUGGAGGCGCUGCGCACCCAGCGGCGCGAGGGUCUGUUCUGCGACGUGACGGUGCGGAUACACGACGCCUCGCUGCGCGCCCACGCCUGCGUUCUGGCGGCCGGCAGCCCCUUCUUUCAGGACAAGCUGUUACUGGGUCACUCUGAGAUCUCCGUGCCGCCGCUGGUGCCCGCCGAAACCGUGAAGCAGCUGGUGGAUUUCAUGUACAGCGGUUCACUGGUGGUGCUGCAGUCACAGGCGCUCUGCAUCCUCACGGCGGCGAGCAUCCUGCAGAUCAAGACGGUCAUCGACGAGUGCACCCAGAUCAUCUCUCAGAGGAAGGCGGCAGCGGGGGCGGCAAGCGCGGCGGCGGCUGCAGCGGCGGCGGCAGCAGCGGGAGGGGGGAUGCUCGGAGGGGUUCUCCCUAAGCAAGAAGAGCGCGGCGGGGGGAAAGGGAGGGAGAGUGGCGGCGGUGGGAGCUGUUCCGGCGGUGCUAGCGGGGGCGGGGGUUACCCAAACUUCUCUAACUUCAUGGCUGACUGUGGAGCGAGUAACAUGGGCGGGGGGUUGGCGACCAGCGUUAACGUCAGCGAGAGCAGCCCGAUGGAGCAAGCCAACACCGUGAGUCUGAUGGUGCUGGGCGACAUGGGGCCCGGCUCCAUGUGCAGCACCGACGGGCUCGGCCCCGGCGCCGGCGCAAUCCUCAUGAAGCAGAACUCCAGCUGUACUCAGGACGUCAGGUACAAGCUCCGAGACCUGUUGGGGCACACGGCCAACGGAGCCAGCACUAGUAGCACAGGGAACCUCUCGGCGGGCUGCAGCUCCGGUGUGGGCAGCGUGGACAGCAUCGGCAGGGACAGCCUCCGCGGCAACACAACCGACCUCUCUGAUGACCUGGUGGGGAUGGACAGAUACAGCGAGGAGGAAGACCUGGACGGGAGAGAGCGGGGAAGAGACGGAGACCGAGACAGGGGGGCGGGCCACAGCCGCAAGCAGAGGCAGCCGCUAAGACUCCAGGUGCUGGGAGGAGAAGGAGUCGUGGUGAAAGAUGAAGGGGGUCAGGACACGGACGGGAAUGUCUACACCCUGGAAGACGGGAGACGAGAUGGAGAGCAGGAGGGUUCCCAGGAAUCUAUGGCAGGAUUUGGACAGGAUUUCUACGAUGAGCAGGGGGUUUUCUCUGAGAGUUUCUGGCCCCAGAGCGAGCCUCCUCAGGCCAUGGCGUUUAACCCCCGAGGACGGGUCAACAAGCCCAUGACUCCGCCUCCGACCACACAGUCCAUCAACAACCAGCUUCUUUUCCAGUACCCAGUGAGCCAGUCGCAGCCAGCUCCGUUCUACGUGGGCGGACCCAUGGGUGGGAUCGACACCAUGGCGGGGUCCGAGCCCGGUCAGCAGGCUCCGCCCCCGGCGCCGAUGACCCCGGCCCCGCCUCCCACUGCCACGUCCUGCUCCGCCGGCCCCUCCCCUUCCUCCCAGGGAUCUGAGACCUCGUUCGACUGCACGCACUGUGGCAAAUCUUUACGUUCCAGGAAGAACUACAGCAAGCACAUGUUCAUCCACUCCGGUCAGAAACCUCACCAGUGCUCCAUCUGCUGGCGCUCCUUCUCCCUGCGUGACUACCUCCUCAAACACAUGGUGGUGCACACUGGCGUCAGGGCCUUCCAGUGCUCCAUGUGCGGCAAGCGUUUCACCCAGAAGAGCUCGCUCAACGUGCACAUGCGCACCCACCGUGCCGAGCGCACCUUCCAGUGCAACGUGUGCCACCGGGCCUUCACCCACCGCACCUUGCUGGAGCGCCACGCCCUGCAGCACGCUCACCACGCCCCCCAAGGCCAGGGGCGCGGAGCCGACAUGACCUCACCUACCAAGCACAGUCCUCCGGCUCUCGGAGGGCCCUCAGGUAUGGCUGGCGCGGCUGGCAUGGUCGGCAGCAUGGCCAACAUGCCCAGCCACGGAGCCUCCUCCACCUAG